UCCAUCCUUUCAUCAACUAUAUUCCAUAACAACUCCCCCAUUAAGAGCACCAUUAAUUACACUCUCAAUGUUUUUUAAAAUGUCCCGUAAUUUACUAAUUACAUUUUACAGAACCUUUGCCACUAAAUAUUUCCGAAUCUCAAAAACCACUCCCCUCAGACUUCUGACUAUUUUAAAUAAAAAAGUAAUCCCUAAAAAACCCUGGGUCCCCUUCUCCUUCCUUGCAGGAUUCACCUUAUCUCUCCAAAUGGACUCUAAUCCCAGCAAUCGUAAAAUACUUCAUCUCUCCUUUAACGAAAACCGCACCCCGGAAGAAUUUGAAUUUCUGCGUCAUCUCUUCAACAAAAUUCGGGACCGAACACGAACUCACGAAGAAUUGUCAUCCUUGGUCGACACGAUAUUGAAAAAUACAAAUAUUUUUCGCCGAAAUACGGACGAAAAUCGAAAUGACUAUGGCUCGUGUUUUAGGAUCCUAGUAUUUUGGGUGUGUCUCAAUGUUGAACGGUUUUCUUACUUGGAUCUCGUCGAAUUGCUGAAAUACGCGGAAAUCGCGAGGAAUAGUGUCGCCUUGGAUGGAGUUCGUGCCUCGGAAUGGAAGUUGAAUACCUAGUCUAUUCAUAUAAAGUGUUACUCGUCCCGUACUUUUGAACCCUAUAAGAUAAAAUUAAAAGCUGACCUUACUAUGUCAAAAGAUGGAGGAGCUUUACCAUACGCCCGCGGCAAUAAGUUUUCACUUUUUUCGUGAGGAGAAAAAAUCACAAAAUUCGAGUAGUGUAGCAAUUCAAGGACAGCUACGAUCUUGUUGCCUAAACUAUUAAAGUACCCCUAGGGACAGUGCCUAUCUAUGGUAUAAAAGUUUCGGUGGUCAAAGGUCAUGGAGGACUCCAGUGAUGUCCGAAGCUUUGAACGUCACAAUAGCACAAAAUCUCCUUCCGACGGCAAAGACUUUGACCAUGCAAAUGACCUUCUACCUUCAGCAAUCAGAAAAGUACUGAAAAACGACCCACACACAAAGGCUUUUAAGCUUAGUAAGUACCACAUGGUCACCCAUCCCCGGAAAGACGCUAGGCUCAAACAAAUUAACUCCUUCUUCAAGCGGCACGGGAAAAAAACAAAAAAAAAUCUCCGUUUAUCGAUGAGAAUUCCUUUAUGACGGAUAAAUUUUUGAACCAAAAAACUAGCUAAUUUUACAUUAUAUAGUCUAGGGAUUAGCUAGUUACAAAAUAGAAGUUCAAAUAUUAUCUUAUCGGGGUCCAUUCAUGGUUUUGGUGGGAAUUGGCGGGAUUGGGGAAAAAUCGACAAAUUUCCUCGACUAUGGAGAGGAGAUGGUUUUAAAAAAUAUUUGGCUAACGUCAUGGUGAAGGUGGAACACCCCCUCAAACAGUCCAUAUUGGAUGUAAAGCCACCGACCUUAGUUUGACCUGGCAUUUUCGAACCGAAAUUGAUGUCACCACCAAACAUUGAUUAAAGUCGAGGAAAAGCUCUGUUCUUAGCCCCAUAUAUGCGUCAGGGUCGCAAAAAAAUUUCUGACCCGGGAAUGUGACAAUGUGUCAAUAAAUUUCGUUCGUGCCGCGGCGGUUGCUUGGCUUUCGCGUCUUCAAAAGUUUAUCGGCAUAUGGGACUCAAAUUUUGAAGUGUGACACAUGUUUUCGAUUCGAAAUUUAACUGGCUUUCCAGUGAAAUAAAAAUUAAAUUUCAAUUUCCAAAAAUGAAAGCGUUCUAGGCGUUUAUACCAGUAACACUUUAUCUGAAUAGACUAGCUAGUGCAGCUUGCAAGAAUGCGCGACGAUAAUGCGCACAAACUUGGAAAGCAGUUAAAUAAAAUGAUCUCUCCAUGGAUUUGAAUUUUGUGUAAAAAAUAAUCACAACUUGCAAUUCUACAUAUAUACACAUGUUAUAAAUACAUACAUGCAUUUUAACAAAACUUCAUUCGAUUCAAUAAUUGGCGCCCAUUUUUGAAUCAUUAUUCAUAACAAUAUUUAUGCAAAUAUCAUGUGCUACGAUGAUAUUGGGAUUGGGCUUAUCCAAGCUUUUGCCAGUGAAAUCGAUAGCAUUCUGUGUGAACUGUCCUAAUGGAUGAUUACUCAUGUUAUUCAGUAAUUGAAAAACUCUGAAUGCAAUGUAUUUGAAUUGAUGAAUGUGUAUAAGUUAUCAGGAGAUAAUUGAUUUGUCAUACAUUCAUAACUACAGACUUAUGUACAUGCAUAUGUUCAUAUGUAGCCGUAGGUUUAAUGCACGAUUACAAAUACUGCGCAGUUAUAGUGUCACACCUUAUCCACAUAUAUAAACUUAUUUUUAAUCAAGGUUUAAAGUUGCCCCAUUUCCGUGUGUUCAUUCAUAGGUAACUUUGCGCACCAUGCCCUACAAGCAGGUCACAAACUAAAAAACGUUUAAUUAAAAAAAAAAUCCUGUUUUUGGGGUUUCAAAGAAUUCAGAAAUAUAGCAACAUAAAAUGUUGAAUUUUUUUAAUGAAUUUCUAUAUUUUCAGGGAAGUAUGUAAAUAGGUAAUUCUGAACAUGAUGUGGUAGAACUAUAUACGUUUAAAUUUUUGGGUGUUGGUAUUGUGCAUAUUUACAAACUUCUAAUGGAUUUUGUUGGCAUGAAGAUGUUAGUUGAUUGUGCUAAUGAGAUUUUGACUGCUUGAGUCAUUCACACCGAAUUAUUGCAUUAGUUUGGGGACCUUACUGAAAUAAUGUGGUUAAAGUUGGGAGAAUUUUUACGCUAACGUUCCAUCAAUUUUUGUCCUGUCAACUAUGCCCUCAUUACAUAUUUAUUGUAACGUCGUUUUUAUAUCGGCAUAAAUCCACGUACAAAUAUAUGUAUGCAUGUAGAUAAAAUUAAGUAGAUAUACAUAAUCUGUCAUAGAUACAUAUUUAUGAACAUAUAUUUAUAUGUAACGAUUACACAUUAGUGGCUUAUUCUCUACCCAAUACAAUGCAAAGUUCAGAUCCAUAGGUGUAUAAAAUUCUGCAGAAUAUUGACUCAAAUGACUUGUAAGGUUUCCCAAAUUUUCUGGGGUACAUAAUUUGGCACUAAAUAAGCUUCAACAUACUUACCAUAAAUACUGAGAAUUCUACAAUUAACCCAAGAUGGAAAUACCACCUCACAACUUGUAAAAAUGUACAUACAUAACUCGGCCGCAUCCUUAAUGCACGGUACUCAGCAGUUCGCGUUGUACUUGUUUUCCGCGUACCGGGAAUUUCGAGGCACAAAAGGUUAAGAUAUGCUAUUCAGUUAUUGUACAAAUGUACACGAAAUAAGAUCAUGGCUACCACUUGCGCAUAAGUGUACAAAUCUAGCCCAAAUUUACUACUUUACACACAAUUGAAAUACAACCGAAGACAAGAAAGAAUUAGUGCGAAUUAAAAAAAAUAUGUUUGUAAAACUUGGGACGCUCUUAAUCCUAAGAAUUUUACAGAUUAGUGCAAUUAAUCAGGAUCUUUACACGAAUUUAGAAGCAUUAGAUGGUGAAGGGAAGUACAUCCUCCGGUGGGAGGUGGUAGGAAAUAAGAUCGAGUUUGAAGUGACGGCGGAAACCUUGGGAUUCGUCGGGUUUGGUAUUUCCCCCUCGGGAACGAUGACCGGAGCGGAUAUUUUUAUUGCCGGGGUGCGGCCGGAUGGAUCAACGUAUGGGCAGGAUUUCCACGCAACUGGCGAGACCAUGCCGAUCUUGGAUACUCGACAGGACUGGAGGCUUCUGGAGGCGUAUGAAUUACCGGAGAAAAACGAGACGGUUUUAAAAUUUUCGCGUCAUCUUAACACCUGUGAUGAGCACGAUAUAGCCAUCGGGAAUGACACGAGCCGAAUAAUCUGGGCGCUCGGAGCCACGGAUACGAUCGCCUAUCACGGCGGGACAAACAGAGGGACGAAAAGUUUAAAUCUAAUUCACGCCACGACACCCACACUGGACUUCUCGAACUUACAAAAUUAUACUAUAAUGACAAACAUCACAAUGCCAGGGGCCGACACGACGUACUGGUGCACAUUGCAUAAGGGACCCACCUUGACGAGAAAGCAUCACAUCGUGGCGUUUGACACCCUGCUCCCCAGCCUGGCGUCGUUUCAGCACACCCACCAUUUUGUGGUGUACACGUGUAAGCCACCCGCCAAUCUGACGGAUGAAGAGGCAUUUGACCGCUUCACUUAUGCCAACGGAGUUCAAGGAGAUUAUUGCCAUAUGACAAAAAUACUCCCAAUUGUUAACUGUCAGUCUCUCAUCUACACGUGGGCGAAGGGCGGGAAGUUGAUGACAUUCCCAGAAAAUGUAGGCUUCCCGAUUGGAGAAACUCCUACCGGUCAAUAUUAUAUGGUUGAAGUGCACUACGACAAUCCGCAGCGCCUGGAGGGCGUCUUCGUCGAGACGGGGUUGGUCAUGUAUUAUACGUCACAGUUGAGGCCCAUCGACGCUGGAAUACUCGCAAUCGGCCAACAUGUCGACAUUUCGCUGACCAUCCCGCCAAAUCAGGAUGCUUUUAAGGUCGUGGGCCAUUGCAGUUCGCAAUGUACGCGUGAGGCGCUAGAACCUGAGGGAAUUACCGUGUUCGCAUCGAUGCUCCACUCACACAAAUCUGGCCGAAAAGUGAAGACACGUCAUUUCCGCGGGAAUAUUGAACUUCCCUGGAUCGAUUUCGAUAACCAUUACGAUUUCAACUUUCAACAGAACAAGGUCCUCCUCGAAACCCCCCAAAUUCUUCCUGGUGACCAACUCUCAGUCGAGUGUACUUAUUCGUCUGUCUGGCGGAAAGGAAAGCCCGUAAUCGGUGGACGUUCCACGUACGAGGAAAUGUGUCAAAGUGUGCUCUGGUAUUAUCCAAGAAAUCGGUUGCAGUGCAUGUCUGUCUACGACGUUGAUACCCAUUUGGCCGACUUUGGCGUGGAAACGUAUCACAAGGUGCAAGAACCGUCGUCACUGAGAUAUAUUGUUGACAAACCGACCUUCAUCGCUGGCGAUUAUUACGACCUUGUCGCGACCAAGUUUAACUGGACGGAAGAGUUUAUACGUGUCUAUCAAGAUGCUAGACUAAACGGGGAUCAGAUGUCGCGAUGUGAAGGAAUAAUAAGGCCCACAAGAUAUCCGGAACAGGUUAUCGAGUAUGUUCCAAAAGAUGAGUGCUUGUUGAGAUGAGAAUACGAAUUAAAUGCGUCAAUUAAAAAGCUAAUAAAAAAAUUUUGCAACGUAAAUUGCAUCGUAACGUAACAACGUAUUGGGAGUACCAAUUAAAUUUACUUCACAGAAUAAUUGCUUACCAAGUUCGACUUGACUACAAAUAUGUACAAGUUAUUGAGAAUAAUGUCACCCUUUUGAAAAUUAGUUGCACUCUUAAUUCUAUAUUAAGCAAACUAACCUACAAACUUUACCAUUUAUACAGUGCGCGUUACGCUGAAUUUAGCAUUAAUACACAAUUGCCCAAGUGCAUGCAUUUAUUUGCUUAAGAGUAACAUUGCUUAUAAAUUUGUACAAUCGUUCUAUGGUUAGAAGUAUUUAUAAGACCAUAUUUGGUCCUAUAGAAUAGGUCAAAUAUUUAUCGUAUUUAUAGUUUUCCCAUUGUAACCUAACUAUUUAUUUGCUUGUUUGUAUUUAUGAAACUAUCAAAUUUCAUUAGUGUACCUCAACUGCAUGGGAAAUUCAAUAAAAAAUUGAACAACUGUCUUCAUAAAUCUUUCUAAUGUUUUUCUAGGUGGAAGGCGUUGGUCAUAAUAUAUGGCAGUUAUACAUAAGUAAAAGCAGUAUAAGGAUUUUUGAUCUAGUAACUAAAUAACUAAUUAAAUAAAUAAAC